CUUACCGGCACAUAAAAGUAUUUAAAUAUUAUUUCCUCCACUGAGAGCACCUCCGACAGCCGACAAACCUCAAACAAAGGACAAAAUCGAUCCUGUUGAAGCAGUGCAGACCGAAAUGAAGACAGAGAAGCAAGCUUCGUCCCUGAAACCAACCGAAUCCUCCAAAACCUCCAAGCCCAAUGGUCUGACAGUUUACUCCAUUAAAGAAGUCAAGUCAUUUUGUGACAAGACAGAAGUGACUGUCAAUGGAAAAGUUACAAAGAUGGAUCCUGUUGGGGCUGUAAAGACCGAAAAGAAGACAGUGAAGCAAAAUUCGUCCCUGAAAAAAGCCGAAUCCUCCAAAACCUCCAAGGCUCCAAGUGCUGCUGUCCAGACUGGGAGGAUAAAAAUAAUGGACAUUAAAGAGUCCAAAAAACGGAACACUCACCUGGUGGUAGAGUUCAACGGCCGGAUGCAGACGGUUUAUGUGACAACUCGUCUUCUGGCAAACACAUUUGGGAUCAAAGUGGACGAUGAUAUAGAAAGAAGACUCCGCUCUCAAAUGCCGCUCACAGCAGAAGCAACAUUACAAGGAAAUAAAAUGAUAUACAUUAGGGUUAUCCCUAACCUGGAGACAAGCGAAUGUGCGAGUACGUCAGGAUCAGUAGCCGAGAAACAAAAACCUGACGCUGAUCAACAGAAGAGCAGCGAACCUGCCGAGCCCGACGGUCUGACAGUUUACUCCAUUAAAGAAGUCAAGUCAUUUCCUGACAAGACAGAAGUGACUGUCAAUGGAAAAGUUACAAAGAUGGAUCCUGUUGAAGCCGUGAAGCCCAAAAAGAAGACAGAGAAGCAAGACGUGUCGCUGAAAACAGCCUUAUCCUCCAAAACCUCCAAGACUACAAGUGCUGCUGUCCAGACUGGAAGGAUUCAAAUAAUGGAAAUCAAAAUGACCAAUAAGACAAACACUCACCUUGAGGUGGAGUUCAACGACCGGAGGCAGACGGUUUAUGUGACAACUCGUCUUCUGGCAAACACGUUUGGGAUCAAAGUGGACGAUGAUUUAGAAAGAAGACUCCGCUCUCAAAUGCCAGUCACAGCAGAAGCAACAUUACAAGGAAAUAAAAUCACAGACAUUACUAACCUGGAGACAAGCGAAUGUGCGAGUACGUCAGGAUCAGUAGCCGAGAAACAAAAACCUGACACUGGUCCAAGCGAAGCAAUCCCAGCAGAGGACAGCGUCCCAGCAGAGGACAGCGUCCCAGCAGAGGACAGCGUCCCAGCAGAGGAAAAGCUGUUAAAAGUUCGGGCAGAGUUUGUAAAAAGAGUGUCUGAUGCUAAUCUAAACCAGCUUCUGGAUAAACUCCUUGAGCGUGGUUUUAUAAAUGAUGAGGAAAUGCAGUCAGUCAGAACAAAAGUCAAAACAGACAAGGCACGAAACCUGAUCGACCUGGUGCGGGAGAAGGGACCAGAAGCCUGCUCACUUCUGAUCAAUACUCUCUGUGAGGUGGAUCGAUGUGUUUCAAAAGUGCUGAAAUUAAUCUGAAGCUAAAGCAAGAGACUAUGGAGUGUGAUGAUGAAUCUCUGUAAUAACUGAUUGUUACACAUUAACUAUUUACUAUUCUACUUUAGAUUAGAAUGUUUAAGCCUGUUUUAUUAAGUAAACGUUGACUUUGAAAAUGAUUCAAAGGGAGAAGAAGACAUGUUGUUCUUUGUUUUAGCCACUAGAUGGAGGCAGAACUUCACAGAUGGACAAACAAGAUGCAGAUGUGAAAUUAGAAAAACAAUUGAGAAAAAUAUGUCUGAGUGAAGAUUAUUCUCCUGAUGAUUAAAGAGAUACUGGUUGGUCAUUUUUAUAUAUUUUUUAUAUUUCUUUUAUAUUUUUGCAACCUCUGAUGUAAUUGUAACUUCAAAAAAAUAAAAAGAGAAACAAAUA